AUGGUCAAAGACUACGGCGUCUGGCGCGCGAAGCCUGUCCGCUACACCUUUGAAGAUCGGUUCAAGGAUCCACAUUCACCUCACCUCUCGCUUUACUUUGAUGAUGAUCAAGGUGGAGAAGGCCGAGCUGCCGUCAACAUCAAGUCAGGAAACAAGGAAGAGUCCCGCCUUGCCUACUGGACAGUUCCAAAUUUUACUCACAAUGUCACCACCAAGCUAGCUCAACUGACCAACGGCUUCCACCCUCUUGGUCCAUUGGAGCAGAGACUUGAUGGCCUUGCGCUGGACUAUAUUCGAAGUAACCUCUUCAGCCGCGGCAGUGGCCGCAUUCUCCCUCAUGAUGUUGAUGGAGCAGACAAUGAUAUCCUCGAUCAGUUGAAGCCUAUCAUCGAUAGGGCCAUCUCAACUGAAGCUACAGUUUAUAUCUACGGCUCGGAAUUCAAUGACGGCAAGGGUAUACACAACGUUCACAUGAACCAGGGAAAUUCUGGUCGCUGGCUCAAAGACAAUGGAGUCUUCCAGGACGGUGCUCUCAUCUUCCAAUUUGAAGAUCAUUGGGAGGCUGUUUUCAUUGGGUUUGCCUCUCAGGCUGUGCAUACAGAAGACGGGGGUAAACGCGCUGGCUACCCACUGCCCGACCAGGAUUUCAUGACCUGGGCAAACUUUCUUGCUCCCGAGCGGUCUACAGACGACAAGAGGAAGGAUGACGUUGCAGAUUCGUCUGUGUUCAUUGCAAAGGCUCUUGUCAACCCACCUGGUCCGGAUCAGCAGCCCGGCACUGCCCCAGAAACGAUCACUCUCAAGAACAGAACCGGGGAUGAGAUUGAUCUCAGUGGAUGGAAGAUUCGUAUCAAGACUGGAGAUACUCAAAUUCUACCCUCCGGUACGCGCAUUGGCCCUGCUAAUAAUAAAACUAUUGAGACCAGUGUUCCACUCUCUAACAAUGGUGGUAUUAUCACUCUUCUCAACGCGGAGGGAUUCAAGGUACAUGGUGUUAGCUACACUAGGGCUGAAGCAAACGGAGCUGUGGUUGUCUUUUAA